GUGAUAGAAAAACCUUACCGUGUUAUUUUGACAUUACAUGGCAUGGUCCUUAGUACUCCCACGUUUAUUAAUGUGUUCUGAUUACAUGAUGUUAUAUAUUCAAGGCCAGAUACAUCGACCCUCACGUUAAUUAAGGCUUUGUUAAAUCAUCAAAUUAUUAAAGCGUAAUGUUAUUUUGACGCGGCCAAUUAACCGUGCCAUAGUGAGAAGACUCUGAAGCGCGUGUCGCGAUGUGUGCAGUGCUAGUCGACGGGCGCUACCUGGACGUGCGGGACAACAUGUUCGCUCUCACCGUGCUCGAUGAACUGCGCGAGUUUGACGACAGUCUUGAGGCAGAUCCACAGCGAGUGUUGGUGCUUCCUCCUCUAUCAGCCCGCCACCGCUACCUGGCGCACCAGUUGGUGCAGGAGAACUACCCGCGCUUGCAGACGCUGAGUGUUGGGGUCGAGCCUGACCGACGUCUCACUGUCAGAGCGGCAGAUGAACAUCAGCUUCCUGCACAAGUUUUAAACAACAUAAGUCAUAAAACAAUAGUCGCCAGCAUGACGGGUGAUGUCGAGAGCUGCCCAGGGACUUCAUCCUUCUCUACCUCCCCGCAACAACGUCAAGCCAGGAGAUGCAAAAUGACGGCUGAGAUCUACAAACCUCCCGCUGCUCGCAUGCAGCGUCGUCAACAGCCUGAACCUCAACAGACCCAACAUCAACUGCCGCAUCAUCAACAAGCUCAAACUCAACACCCGCGACACCAGCCACCUUCGCAGCAGCAGCCUCAGGCAGCUGAUCCCCCUGUUGUUAGUCUCCCCGCGCGCAAUGGCGGUCAUGGACCCAACCGUCGACAGCCGAGCGCAAACCUGAGACAGGAACCUGCAUCCUCGACCGCACACAACAGAACGCAGCACCUCAAGUCGCCUCGCUCGGGCCGCAGGCCUCCUCAGAACAACCGUGUCUCUGAGAGCGACCACGCGUCGAGCUCGUCUCAAGUCUCGUCUCAAAACGCACAUUCUGGUCACGGUGAGGAUUCCAUCACAGCGUCUAUCACCUCAGAUUCCAACCAAGCAAAUUCAAACUUGAACUUUGUGAAGGAAAAUGUGAUUAAUGAGUCGAAUAAUACAACGAAUGAUGAUAACGAAAAUGUGGAAUUUGUUAAGGCUUCAACAAAGCCGUCCUGCAGCGAUUCAUCAUCUGGUUUGUGUGCUAAUGAAAAGCAACAUUUCGAUCUAAGGGACCAUUUAGAUCAAAAACGGCUCAUGCAGAGCGAGGAUAUCAGAAAUUUGAGCAACGCUGUUGAAUCCUUGUCAAGCAAAUACUUCAACAAAACGGCUGGUGCUUUCUACAAGAACAACCGUAAUGAAUACCACAACGCACAGUCACCAUAUGAGCGUACACGUCAACAGGAUUGCAGUGAUAAAGUCUUGGCUAAUAAUCAUGUUAAUUAUCAGAACAACUGUGGAAAAUAUAUGGGGGACCCCAGAAGGGCACGUCCUGAUCAGGUGUUAUACGUGCCACGGCCGCGUCGGCAAUAUGGCGUCGAUAGCGAAAGUUAUGGCAACAGCCGCGCCUCUCCUCUCACUGACCACAACUACCGGCCUCCGUCUCCUGCCUUCUCUAUCACAAGCAUCGUGUCCGAGUUCAGCGGGCGGCAGCGUUAUGAAGGGGACAACUACAGUAGACCCUCUAGUCGUAUGUCUAUUUACGAUAAUGAAGACGAGAGGUUUGACGGAAAGCCUUCUCAAAACGGCAAAUGGUACAACUCAAGCCGAGAGUCAACCCCUAGUGCGCACAAAGUAAUGCAAAAUUCAUCCAGGCUUAGUCUAAUGUCGAUUAAGCUUAUUGAAAAGACAUUGAAUAAUGAGUCCGAUCGCUCAGCGGACAGAAAUGAAAGCGUUAAUGGUUUCCCUUCCGAUGUGCGGCACAGCAAUAAUCCUGAGCAGAAAAGUUGGGAGACUCAAAGUAUGAUGCGAUCGCCCGUCGAACAAAUGGGAAGAGCUAGUAAGAGUCCUACACCUAACCGUGACAGUGUUCAUAGUAAAGAAAAUGUCAUAAAUAUUGUUGAAUCCAGCCCGAGAAAGCGACGUUCGCGCAGAAAUCGUAAGCGCCGAUCUGGUAGCAGGGAUCAUAGCUUCGAUUCGAUGUCGCGAGAUCAGCGUGGAAGCCUCGGCAACUUGAGUGUUCAGAGCGGCUACAGCAACAGGGGCAAGAACAGCGGCCGUGGCUACCACAGACCUCAGGAUAAUUCACACGCAGUCUACAACGGGCCAAUGAAAUAUGAGGGCCCGGCUAGCAUAGCCACGAGUCGUGUUAGCAGCCGCAAUCCCAGCCUCGAGAGGAAUGAGUAUGGCCGGUGGCAUCAACAGAAACCUGUGACCUAUCCCAAUACUCCGGUGAAAAGUCAUUACUAUACCGAUAAGAAUGGUUCCCACGAUGGCGCUAAUUCUCCCGAAUAUUCUUCUCGCUUUGAUAGCUCGUUGUAUCGCCGAAAUUCCACUGAUAAACCUCUAUCUGCCAAACCUCCUUUUCACAACAACGACUCGAGGCGUAAUUCAGUUUCUAAUCGUGUGCCGGGAUCCUGUUCUAGCUCAGCGCUUGGGACUCCCACUGAAAACCUUUCACCCACCGAGGAGACACACGAACAAAUUUUCAGCCGAGUUAAUCCCCUUAAAUCUCAGGAGCAGAAUGAUUCUAAAUUAGCAGAGAAAUCAAGCGAUCUAACUUGCAGUGGCCAAAUAAUCCCUUGUAAAUUAGAUACAACAACAUGCCCAAGCACAUCAAACGAGCUGAGACCCUCGGAAGGUCGAGUAAGCUCUAAGACAACGGACGGCCGAAUGAGCCCUCUGACAUCAGACGGCCAAGUAAUCCCUAUGACAUCGGAAGGCCAAACAGACCCUAGUACAUCGGAUUGCCGAACAAGUCCUAAGACAUCAGAUAGCAAUUCCAACAGUAAUUCUUCAGCCAAGCGAAAUGAAUCAGAACUAGUCCGAUGCAACAAGGAACUACAAGAAGUAACUGAAACCAUCAGCUCAUUACUCAAUGAUGAAGAUGAUGACGAACCGUUAGACUGGGUAGCGGAGAUGGAGAAAGAAGACCUACGGCAGGAGAAACUCAGAGUGCUGAAAGAGCGUGAAGCAGCUCUGCGAGCUGAGGCGCAAGAGCAACAAAAACUGCGCUGUGAGAACAUCGCUGCUCAACUGGACCGCGAAGAUAGUUCUUGUGGCGUUGACGAGCAGACACGGCGCAGGAUCGGGACUGCUAUUGGUAGAGAUGCCAACAUAGCGCCGCCUCGUCAAGAUUAUAGUGCUUACGAACCGAGCCCUGCGAGGCAGCUUUACGUGCACCCACACGAGCGCAACUCUCCCUCCAGGCACACCGGCAACAGCCCGCCUCAUCCUCUCCUGCGCAAUGCUUCCUCCCCACCUAACAAGAGCAGCCCCAACUCCCACAGUUCUGGGGACUCGCCUGUAUCAGAUGACAACGGCGGGUGUCAGAGCGGCCUCGCUCAUGUCCUAGAACUUUUUGAUUUCCCUUCCAGCUUCCGCACCGCGGAUCUGGUGGCCGUGUAUCAAGGCUACCAGGCCGCAGCGCCUGUGGACAUUAAGUGGGUGAACGACACUGCUGCUCUCGCUGUCUUCUCUUCACUCGCCAUCGCCGAAAAAGCGCUGUGCUUGCAGCAUCCCCACAUCAAGUCGCGUCGCCUGGCAGAUGCGUCGGCAGCAGCUAAGGCGAAGGCCGUGACCAUCGACGAGGAGCUGUUGCCAGCUAGGCCGCGCCCUGCGACCAGCAUGCUGCUCGCUCGCCGUCUGCUCACGGGAGCGUUGGGUGUACGCGUCAGCCUCAGUCGCGAGGAGAAGGAGAAGGAGGCCCGAGCAAUCAAAGACGCUCGAGAUCGCAAGCGGAUGAUAGCUAAGCAGAAGGAAGACGUCUGGGAAGGCAACGUGUGAAGGCUGUUCGAAUGGCUGCUUCUGACUCGCCCUUGUGAUAUUUGUGUCAAAACCUUACCGAGAAAAUAUUGUUCAAGUAUUUACAUGUGAGCUCCUGAUUAAUGACGUGCUCUCACCGUCUAAGUUGUAUUCAAGACUGAUAUUACUGAUGAUAAACGUAACAUUAGAUGUACCGACCCGUAUAUUCAUACUUAGAUAUACGUACCGAGAGGCAUUCUUAAGCUCAUAUUUUUCAGUGUGAUUUUCUUGUAGGUUUAAGCUAUUUAAACUCUCCUGGUUCCUGGCUGAUCCUCUGAUGACUGAAAAUUUCAUCUGUAUAUUUUCGAACCAUAAACCUCCGCUGUCGUAAGGAAGUAUUUUCUACGUGUAAGAUUUUUCUGUGUAAAAUUGUACAAUAGACGAUGUCGAUGUUUUAGGCCAGAUUUCAAAUAGCGACCUGUUCUAGCUGGAACCCUAUUGUAAUCUUUGUGUCAGAUCAAAUGAUAUUUUAUUAUUCAUGGUGUUAUUAUGCUUAGCACCUAUCAUCAUCUACCUUUAUUACAUACCUGCUUGGAUAUCAUAUCGAAUGACAUUACUUCUCUCAUAAUAUGCCUGUUACAAUUUCACUUAUGAGUGAUGUGCACUUAAAAUAGAGCUUACAUUUUUGGUGUUUGUACAUUGCUGAUACGUGGUCGUUCAAUUGAAUGCCCUCAAUUCAGGAAUUUCGUGCAUGGCAACUAAUUUUCUCGCUUUUAAUUUGGAUUAUAAUUUACUAUUUAAUUUUUACUCUUUUUUCGCUAAGCGAAGUUCUUAUGAUUAUUUCUCUUACCUACGUUUGACCGUCAAUCGUUUGUUGAUGACUUGAGUUGCAUGCAAAUUAUCGUCACUAUUGCGUAUAGCAACACAAAUUCUAAACUCUUAACUUAAUAUCGAAGUAGCGUUUCUCUCUCUUACGAUCAGUGAAUGUUGAAUGCUACUUCAAAUCCAUCGACAGAUUUAAAGCGGCAUGAAGUCCCUCUUUUCAAUUCCUCCAACAAUUUUAAGCAAUAUUGUAGGCUAUCGUUGUCCGGAAGAAUUGGUUAAUAAUUGGUCCGCAAUAGUUCAAUAAGAAUUUCAAAAAGUGAUUAUGUCAGGUGUUACUCUAGUGUAUUUAUGUUCGUGUUUGCAUCAAUGUGCUGGUGGCUGUUGGUGUGUUGUAAAUCAGUUUAUGUAAAUUCUUAAUUAAAUAAGUCGUUUGUGUUGAGCACAGUUGCAAUAACCACAUGACAAUACAUACUUGACCGCA